AUGUUGUCUGAAGAAGAGCUUUACCCCUACUCCGUACCCGUUGAUCGGGAAACGGUGGUGAGGUCCGGAGCCCUGACCACCUUACCAGUCCGCAUUUACAAGCACGACGACUUGGCGGACGCCGGCGCAAUAUGUCUCACGGGUGACUGGGGACGCAUCAUGAGGGACGGGCAAGACAAGAAGUCCAACGGCUCUCCUUGCGUCGUGGGAAACUGGGGUAGCUUCAUAUGGCCAGAAAGCAUCCCAGACCGAAUGGGGUUGCUAUGCUAUCUCCUGGAUGUUGGCUGCUUCCAUGAUGACGCAUGCGAGGAAAUGACCAUUGCGGCUGCACAUGCAGAGCACCUCGACCUUGACGCCGCCAUGGACGUCGAGGACAACAGGUCACUGAGCAACGACUCGAGGUCUGCAAAGACAAAAGAGCUCGUCUCGAUGGCCAUCCUCGAAUGUGUCAAGGUCGACCGCGUGGGCGCGCUCCGGAUGCUGGAAGCAUACCGCAAGAAGUGGCUGGCCAUCAUGGAAACAUACAACACAGAGGAGAUUGACAACCUCGAUGACUACUUUUUCUCUCGUGCGAACAACGGUGGGAUGGGUGCAUACUACGCCAUGCUCGAGUUCUCUCUAGGGAUCGUCGUGACCGACGAGGAGUACGAGAUGAUGGCGGCGCCCAUCAAGCACGUCGAGCGCUGCAUGCUCCUCACCAACGACUACUGGAGCUGGCCGCGCGAGAGAGAACAGGCCAAGACGCAGGAGGCCGGCAAGGUGUUCAACACGGUCUGGUUCCUGAUGAAGCAGGAAAGGUGCUCCGAGGCCGAGGCGAAGCUCAAGGUCGCCGACAUGGUCGCCGCCGAGGAGGCCAGGUGGGUCGAGGCCAAGCGGAAGAUAUACCAGGAGCACCCGGACCUGCGCGCCGACCUGGUCAAGUUCCUCGAGAACCUGCACACGGCGCUGGCCGGCAACGACUACUGGAGCUCGCAGUGCUACCGUCACAACGACUGGGCUCACGUCCCGGAGCAGCCGUCGGAGAACCAUCCCAAGGUGCACGAACUGGCCGCUCUAGGCAGAGCUGUGAUGCCGGCUGAAUGUUCGGGAUCUGGCCUGUCGAAUGCUCCCAAGAGUGAAGAGCUCGGAGGGGUUAUUGCGGAAUCAGACUUGGACUUCGAGGCCAACGCGGCCUCGCUACUUUCUUUCCUCGAUAAAGCCUCUCCGCAAGACCAACAAGUCGAAGUCGAAGUAGGAUCAUCCGCCUCCGCCUCGGAGGCCAACACACAAAGCACCGCCGAGUUAUCCGCCACCCUGCGGUCGAAUUCCGUGUCUUCCGCCGGAUCAGCAUCGACUUCCGACGAGACGAAAGCACGUGUUUCCGACACGGACAUCAUCUCAGCCCCCAUCCAGUAUGUGCAGAGCCUGCCUUCCAAGGGCUUCCGGACGACGUUGAUCGACUGUCUGAACCGGUGGCUCGAGGUGCCCCAGCAGGAGAUGGAGUGCAUCAAAAAGGUCAUCAACAGCCUGCACGACUCCUCGCUGAUCCUGGACGACAUCGAGGACGGCGCCAAGCUCCGCCGCGGGUUCCCCGCGACGCACGUCGUGUACGGCACCAGCCAGGCGAUCAACAGCGCGACCUUCCUCUACGUGCAGGCCGUCGAGGCCAUCCACGAGCUGGAGAACAAGGAGAUGAUGGACGUCCUUCUGGGGCAUCUCAAGCAGCUGUUCUGCGGCCAGUCGCUCGACCUCUACUGGACCUUCAACCGGAGGUGUCCGACCGAGGACGAGUACCUCGACAUGAUCGGCCAAAAGACGGGCGCCCUGCUCUCCAUGGUCUCGGACCUCAUGGUCGCCGCCAGCCCGCGAUACAGGAAAAACAGCCCGGGCCAGCAGCCCCUCGCGCUCACGGCCUUCUCGCGCUUCUCGCGGCUGUCCGGGCUGUACUACCAGGUCCGCGACGACUACAUGAACAUCGUGUCGGCGGACUACGCCGGGAAGAAGGGGUACGCCGAGGACCUGGACGAGCAGAAGUUCUCGUACAUGCUCGUGCACAUGGCGCGGCGGGCGCCCGAGAUGAUGGACCAGGUCGAGGGCAUGUUCAGGGCGAUGAGGCGCGGCGACGCCGACCCGCUGGAGUCGAAGCGGUACAUCGUCUCGCUGCUGCACAGGUCCGGAUCGUUGGAGGCGACCCGCGAGCUGUUGCUGGAGUGGCAGCGGGGCAUCAACGAGGAGAUCGAGAGGCUCGAGGGCGACUUUGGAGCGCCGAACCCGACGUUGAGGCUGCUGAUGGAGAGCCUCAGGAUCGACGUGUAG